CUUCAACACCCUCGCAUCAAAGAAAGUCAAGGCAAUUGAUAAGCCGACACACUUUAUCAUCCAAGACCCAUAUAAUAUUAACUCCUCACAGGCCGACUCGGACUUCCGAAAAACACGCUAAAAUUGCGCGACAUCGCGCCUCAAAGUUCAUCCACAAAGCUUCCCCGCACGGGACACGCACAACAAUGCGCAACGCCCUCACAUGACCGCAAUGUUAUCAAGAAGCGCCACCAGGGCCUCGUUUGCCUUGCGGAGCAGUAGCCGGGGAAGCACGAUACAGCUAGGGCGCAUUACACAGCGGAGAUGGGCAAGCGACCAGAAACCCGUGGACGAUGGGGACCGCCCGUUUUACUUGCAGCUGCACGAGAGCAUCUACGAGCGCGUGCAGAAAGAGAAGGCGGAGCAGAUUAAGAUUCAGUCGUUGCAGCAUCGGACGGCGCGGGGCCAGUUCUUUGCGACGCUUGUUGCUUGUCUGCUCACGGCCAGUUUGGGCUAUUACUAUGGCGUUAUGACGCCUCAGAAGCCGGAUACUAGGUCGACUGCUCCCCUCGAGACGUUCGUCCCGCCCAAGCAUAAUAUCUCAGAGGCGAAUAUGGAGGCCGCGUGGAUUGAUCUGCGCGAUAUCGUGGGCAAGGAGAACAUCACGCUCGACCCGCACGAUCUGGAGUCGCAUAGUGGAUCGUCGUGGUCGUCGCAUCCCGCCGAGCCGGGCGACGUGCCGUUCUGCAUCGUCAAGCCCGGGAGCACACAAGACGUCAGCGCCAUCAUGAAAGUGUGCCACGAGCGCAAGAUCCCCGUCACGCCGUACAGUGGCGGAACGAGUCUGGAGGGCCACUUCGCCGCGACAAAGGGCGGGAUAUGCAUCGACUUCAGCCGCAUGGACCGCAUCCUCAAGCUGCACAAGGCCGACCUCGACGUCGUGGUCCAGCCCGCUGUCGGCUGGGAAACGCUCAACGAGGAGCUGGCGAAGGAUAACCUUUUCUUCCCGCCCGAUCCCGGCCCAGGCGCCAUGAUCGGCGGCAUGGUCGGCACUGGCUGCUCAGGCACAAACGCCUACCGCUACGGCACAAUGAAAGACUGGGUGCUCUCCCUAACCGUCGUACUCGCCGACGGGACAGUGAUAAAAACGCGCCAGCGCCCGCGCAAAUCCUCCGCCGGCUACGACCUAACGCGCAUGUUCAUCGGCAGCGAAGGCACACUGGGCCUCGUCACCGAAGCAACCCUAAAAGUCACCGUCAAACCCCAAGCCACCAGCGUAGCCGUCUGCGCAUUCCCCAGCGUGCGCGCCGCCGCCGACUGCGUGAGCAGCGUCGUCAGCGCGGGGGUCCCCAUCGCCGCCAUCGAGAUCCUCGACGACGUGCAAAUGCAAUGCAUCAACGACGCGGGCCAGACACACAAGACAUGGGAAGCGGCACCGACGCUGUUCUUCAAGUUCUCCGGCACCGCCGGCUCCGUUAAGGAGCAGAUUAGCCAGGUUCAACGCCUGGCUAAGCAGAGCGGGAGUGUGAGCUUCCAGUUCGCGAAGUCAGAGCAGGAGAAGCUGGAUCUGUGGCAGGCGCGGAAAGAAGCGCUGUGGAGCGUUAUGGCGAAGAGCGAGGGGAGGGAUGAUAUGGGUGUUUGGACUACGGAUGUGGCGGUGCCGAUCUCCUAUUUGCCGCAGAUUAUUGAGGAGACGAAGGCGGAGAUUAGUAAGAGUGGCCUUUUGGGCAGUAUCGUGGGGCAUGUCGGGGACGGGAACUUUCACUCAAUCAUCCUAUACAACCGCAAUACCGAGCACGCAAAAGCCAAGCUCCUCGUCCACGACAUGGUCAAGCGCGCCAUUGAGCUCGAGGGUACGGCUACGGGCGAACAUGGCGUCGGGCUUGUGAAGAGGGAUUAUCUACCGCAUGAAUUGGGCACCGAGACGGUCGAUGCGAUGCGGCAGCUGAAGAAGGCGUUUGAUCCGCUGUGUUUGCUGAAUUGCGAUAAGGUUGUUCGCGCGAGUUUGCCGGGGAAGGGCGAGGUGGGGGAGUGGUAGGUGGGGUGUUGUGGGGUGUGUAUGUUAGGAGUGUAUGAAUGUUGAUGCGGAGGGUGAGUUGGGCGGGUAUGAUGUGACAUGAUAUGAUAUGCUGUUAUAUGACCUGAUACGACGCAAGGAAAGCAGAUAGAAGCCAGAAACAAAACAGUACAGUACAGUACAUGUUACAAACUCUCUACACAACAACGCUAAACGCAGAACCAAAUACAAUCUCUCUUCCCCCC